ACGAACGUAAUCACAACGUCCAUUAUCUGGAUGCUUAUAUAUAACACUCCACAUAGAUAGUGCGAUUCACGUCGACCGUCAACCCAGAUUUCACACCAUGAAAGCUAUCUUCGUUCUCGCUGCUCUCAUUGUUGCAGUCUCCUGUGAGACGUGCCGAGAUCAUGAUGAGUGUUCUAUAACUACCUGUGGAACAGGGGCCGAGCUACACUGCAUCUCUCGCCAGUGCACGUGUACUACAGCCGCUGGAGGCGACGGUGUCUGUGCUACAGCCACUGAAUGUCACGGCCGAUGUGACCAUGGACGCCAGCAUCACUGUAUCGACGGGCGAUGCAGAUGUACUCACUUUUAAAUUUAUGAACGUUCUAAAUAAAUUUUGAUUACGGGAUGA